ACUCCAGAGCAGCUAAGUGCGUCAGUUGUGGAGAGACGUAGACGAGUUGAGUCCUGGUCUGCGGGGAGGCUGCCGGCUCCGUCGCAGACUACGGACCUCUCUGGGUCUCAGCUGCCAAAGAUCCUGUCCGGUAGGUGAGUGGCUCACUUUGAGGGAAAGGCUUCUCGGAUCGAGGCUUCUUCAUGGCCGCUCAGAUCGCGAGCGGUCAGGGCUGCUCUCUGUGCGGAGGACGGCGUCCAAUGAGCGCAGUUUAUUCGAGGGACCUGGCCUAGUUAAGAGGCACUCUUGGCAGUCUUGUUUAUAACAUCACCGGGAAGUACUAGCCGGACAUGAGUGGCUGUCGAGUAUUCAUCGGGAGGCUAAAUCCAGCGGCCCGGGAGAAAGACGUGGAAAGAUUCUUCAAGGGGUAUGGACGAAUACGAGAUAUUGAUCUGAAAAGAGGCUUUGGUUUUGUGGAAUUUGAGGAUCCCAGGGAUGCAGAUGAUGCCGUGUAUGAACUUGAUGGAAAAGAACUCUGCAGUGAAAGGGUUACAAUUGAACAUGCUCGGGCUCGAUCUCGAGGCGGAAGAGGUAGAGGACGCUACUCAGACCGUUUUAGUAGUCGCAGACCUCGAAAUGAUAGACGAAAUGCUCCACCUGUAAGAACAGAAAAUCGGCUUAUAGUUGAGAAUUUAUCUUCAAGAGUCAGCUGGCAGGAUCUCAAAGAUUUCAUGAGACAAGCUGGGGAAGUAACCUUUGCGGAUGCACAUCGACCUAAAUUAAAUGAAGGGGUAGUUGAGUUUGCCUCUUAUGGUGACUUAAAGAAUGCUAUUGAAAAACUUUCUGGAAAAGAAAUAAAUGGGAGAAAAAUCAAAUUAAUUGAAGGCAGCAAAAGGCACAGUAGGUCACGAAGCAGGUCUCGUUCCCGGAGCAGGAGUUCCUCGAGGUCUCGUAGCCGAUCUCGUUCCCGGAGUCGCAAGUCUUACAGCCGGUCCAGGAGCCGGAGCCGGAGCCGGAGCCGGAGCAAGUCCCGUUCUGUUAGUAGGUCUCCUGUGCCUGAGAAGAGCCAGAAACGUGGUUCUUCAAGUAGAUCUAAGUCUCCAGCAUCUGUGGAUCGCCAGAGGUCCAGGUCCAGGUCCCGGUCAAGGUCCAGAUCAGUUGACAGUGGCAAUUAAACUGUAAAUAACUUGCCCUGGGGGCCUUUUUUUUCUAAAAAAAAAAAAAAAAUUCCCAAACCAUACUUGCUAAAAAUUCUGGUAAGUAUGUGCUUUUCUGUGGGGGUGGGAUUUGGAGGGGGGUUGGGUUGGGUUGGGCUGGGUAUCUUUGUAGAUGUGGACCACCAGGGGUUGUUGAAAACUAAUUGUAUUAAAUGUUUUUGAUAAGCCUUCUGCUCACAUUUUUGUGAAUGUCUGAAGUAUAUAGUUUGUGUAUAUUGACAGAGCUCUUUUAUAACUAAAGCAAAUUUAAUUUUUUUGUACUAGAAAAAAUUUGAACGUUUUAGUUCCUGGUUAUUCAAGUAUGUUAAUACAGAAUUAGUUUAAUGCCUCACUUAAACUAAUUAAUAGCUUUGGACACUUAAAAGAGCUCUAAAUUUGCUUGUACGUAAAGGCUUAAUUUGAGUUUUCCUUGUUAGGGUCAAGGGUGUCCGUCCACCCACCCUUUAACAGCUGCCUGGCAAAGACGUUAAAGCAGCUGUUUGUUAUUGAUAAUAAAAGAUUAUAAAACUG